UUUUUCUUUGACAUAAUUAACUUACUGGACACAUGAGACUAGCAACUAAUUAACUGUAGUCAAUGAAAACAAUUGUCCAAUAACAAAUAAUCAAAAUGAGGUGUGAUUAGUUUGUUCUUUAAAAGUGUGUAUGUGGCACUUCCGUGCUUUUGGUCUAUGUCAGAUAACGCAAUUAGCAGUCUACUAAUACAGUGCGUUAAUAGGAUUGUGAGGGGUGAUUUAGUCUGCUGAUGCUUCAUUCAGUUCAGUCACAGUCAGGUGUUAAAGCCCGAGGGACAAACAUGAAGGACCCACAGCUCCCAGGCACAAACUGAGCUGCAGGAUAGGGUUGUUGUGAAAGAGACCAGACGUUUUACCACAUAUAGGACAAAGACAGUUAACAUGGAGCCAUCAAAACGCACCUGUGGCCAAAGCAGAAAGCGGGCAAAAAAUCCAAAGAUGAGGCUCCAAAGAUGGAGAAGACAACCAAACGCCUGACCUCUGCUGCCAUAAGUGCCAUCCCACUGCUGACCGGAGCAGAGAGAAUGAGACAGACACCGUUUGAGAGGCUCGUCUAUGACAUGGCUCACAGCGAGAAGAUUGUCAACGAGCUGAUGCUCGGCAGGAGAGUUAGCUUCUAUGAGCUGCGUGGAGAGAUCGGCCAGGGAAAUUUCUCUACAGUCAAACUGGGCAUCCACGCCUUGACGAAAGAGAGAGUAGCUGUUAAAAUUAUGGACAAGAUGCGCCUGGAUAAGAGGAGCCAGCCAAUGACCUCCUCAGAGAUCAGCUGCAUGGAGAAGUUGUGCCAUCCCAACAUUGUGCGACUUUAUGAGGUAUUUGAGACCAGCAGAAAGCUGUACCUGAUGAUGGAAUAUGGCAGUGGUGGAGACCUGUUCUCCCGAAUCACCACCAGGGGGAAGCUGAAUGACCUGGAAACCAAGCUGGUCUUUGCGCAAGUCAUCUCCGCUGUGAAAUACAUGCACGACAACAACAUCGUCCACAGAGACCUUAAGGCAGAAAAUAUCUUCUACACCACCAGCUACUGCAUCAAAGUUGGAGAUUUUGGCUUCAGCACAGAGAGCGGCCCUAAUGAGCUCCUCACCAACUUCUGUGGCUCACCACCGUAUGCUGCUCCUGAACUGUUUAAGGACAAAGGUUACAUCGGACGCUAUUCAGACACCUGGGCUUUAGGUAUCCUCUUGUACUUCAUGGUGACGGCCACUAUGCCCUUUUAUGGGGACAACCUGGGGAGGCUGAAGCGUUGCAUCCUUCAGGGGGCCUACAGCAUCCCUGCAUAUGUUCCCGCUGCCUGCCAGCUGGUCAUUAAGGGCAUGCUGCGGCCUGUGCCUGCUGAUCGCACCUCUCUCACACAGAUUACAAACAGUGCUUGGCUAACGGGGGUUGAGUACCCUCGUCCAUACGUCUUAUUGCCCCUGUCCCCGGCCCACUUUGCCCAGGCCAACCAGGCUUUGUGUGUGGAGGAGCAGGAGGUGAAAGGGUUGCUGUCAGAUCUGGGUAUUGUGACAGUGCAUUUCCAGAACAAUCCCUGCUUAGACUGUAGGAGCCCUCUGACGGGAACCUACCGGAUCCUUCUCCAUCGGGUCCAGAAGAGGAGAUCAGUGGAGGCCGUAGGAUAUUCAGUGCUUCAUCCUGGUGAGUAUGGGAGUCCAACGGAUUGGUCUGUAGCAUCUGUGGGUAAACAGACUCCUUCCACUGUCUGUGUUGUUCUGUAAUGAGAAACAACUGGACAGGCUUUAGUUGUGGCUGCACUUCAUCACAUACUUGUGGACUUUUGCUCGUUGACACUCACUUCAGGGCCCUUCAGCUGUGAGGUGUCAUGUUACAUGUUGAGAGGUUUUCAGUUUGUGUUGUGCAAUACUGGACCAAAGUGGUAGACACGUGGAGGUUCUUCUGUCCCAUAGCAUAAGUCAGUUAUAGUUUACAGACUAGGGUACCUCUCUUAGGCAACAAGAUGUAGCUCUCUGUUCAGAUUACGUCACCAACCACAAGCUUACUGACGCAUAACAUUCAUCAAUCACUCGAUGGCUAUCAGCAUCAUCCAAUCCCUCUUAGUACAUAAAUCUGUUGAACUAAUCCCAGGUCACAGGUAAUCCUAACAAGGGAGACACUGAGAACAUGCUUGGUUCAACAAAAAUAAAACCUGAGGCCAUGGAAGAAAAAUAAAGUUCUGAUGCCUAAAAUGCCUUUAAUGUAGACAUUUAUUUAAAAUGUUUGUAAAUAUUGGGUACAUUUUCAGUUUUUUAUGUUUUGCACAAUUCUAACCUCAUUUUGUUAAUGUACUAAUGUGUGCUUAUGUCUUAAGACAAUAUUUUCAUAAAUGCUUGCAUGAAUACUGGCCUGAACUACAGCCCUGUAUUUCCUAGUUAUAGCAAUAGGUGAAUCCAAAUUCUUUAACUGAAAUAAAAAAUAUUUCAAACAAUGA